GUUGCUAGACGGACGCCGCGCGCCGGAGGACGGGGGGGGGGCGAGCAGCAGGACCCGGAUGCCGGCGGGCGAUGGAGUUCCCUUUUGAUGUGGACGCGCUGCUCGGGGAGCGGGUCACGGCGGUGGACCAGCACCUCCAGCCGCCGGGCCGCCGGGGGCCCGGCUACACCGCGGCCCACAGGGUGGAUCUGCAGCAGCAGCUCAUGACCAUCAUAGACGAGAUGGGCAAGGCCUCGGCCAAGGCCCAGAACCUGCCGGCCCCAAUUACCAGUGCCUCGCGGAUGCAGACAAACCACCACGUUCUCUACAUCCUGAAGGACAAUGAAGUGAAGACAGCAGGGAAAGGGGCCAUAAUCGGCUUCCUCAAGGUCGGCUACAAGAAGCUCUUCCUGCUGGAUCGCCAUGGGGCUCACAACGAGGUGGAGCCGCUGUGCGUGCUGGACUUCUAUAUCCAUGAGUCACUGCAGAGGCACGGCUACGGCAAGGAGCUCUUCCAGUGCAUGCUGCAGCGUGAGCGAGUGCAGCCCCACCAGCUGGCCGUGGAUCGCCCCUCGGAGAAACUCCUCUGCUUCCUCCACAAGCACUACAACCUCCAGGGGACCAUCCCCCAGGUGAACAACUUUGUGAUCUUCGAGGGCUUCUUUGCUGACCAGCACGCUCCGGUGAGGAAGUUGCCUCCAAAACGUGCUGAGGAGGAGAUAAAACCCUACUCUCUGACAGACCGAGAGUUCCUGAAGGAGGAGGUGGAGCCACCCUGGCCCUUCAACCAGUCGCACUCGCUGACCCGCUCCAGCAGCCUGGGGAACUCGCCGGUUCGCACCUGCCUCAAGCCCUUCCUCAACGAGCAGGAGCUGCUGCGGAACCUGCGCCUCUGCCCCCCUCAUGCGGCCGCCCACCACCUGCUCAACGGCGAGCCGGGCGGGCUGGCCGCCCAGAGGCGAAGAACCAGUUACCUGGAGCGGGCAGCUGCAGACUGGAUGUGGGGCCUCCCUGCUCUGGGCCAGACUCAGUGGGGCUGUGAAUGAGGGGGAGUUGCUCAGCACCGGGGAGGUGGAAGCAGCUGUCGCGUCGUUUGGCGAGCCCUGGCUGGACCACCCGCAUUGCACGCUUAUCCUGAUCAUCCACGUCUUGCACGUCCACCCCAAGUGCUGCCUUGAGGGGAGUUGGCCUUAUUUUGCACAAACUGCCAGCCCUCGGUUUGUGCGCCCAUGCCAAACUUUUCCCCUUCUCCGGGCUGUACACGCUGCCGCUGAGGCCCAGAUCCCCGCCCACUAGCGUCGCAUAUUUGCUCUAAUACCAAGUCAGUGCAGAUUAUCCUCGAUUUGCACUGGCCAGGUGUCAAAAUGGUGCUGUUUCCCCUGCUUUCGCACGUCCGCAUUGAGUGCUAGAUUGGUGCCAGCUGCACUGGCUUUCCCGUUCACAGCGAGUCCCAGAUCGGUGCAAGGUGCACUAGUUUUGUGUGUGAGUGCCGGAUCCGUGCAAGGAGACCACCUUUUGUAUGUUCACACUGAGCGCUGCAUUGGCACAUGUUGUACUCAUGUUGCACACCGUGGUGUGGGAUCUGUGCAAACCACACUGAUUUUGCAUGCCAGGUUGGAGUCAUGUGAUUUUGCACACUUAUGUUGCACACCAUGUUGCAUCCAUGCAAAUUGCUCUGAUUUUGCUUGCUCACCCUUUGCAGUUCAGGUGUUGGAUUUGUGUGAGCUGCACUGUUUUUACAUGCUCACUGUUUGCACACACACACGUUGGAUCUCUGCAUACCUCACUGAUUUUGCAUGCUCACCUGUUGCACAUUCAGAUGCUGGAUGUGUGCGAGAUGCAUUGAUUUUGCACACUCAAGAGGUUGGAUUUGUGUGAGCCAGUCUGAAUUUGCACACUCAACCUUUGCAAGCUCAGAUGUUGGAUCUGUGCAAGCCAACUAGUUUUGCACACCCAUCCUUUGCACACCAGCAUGUUGGACCUGUGAGCCAUACCACUUUUCCAUAUUUGUGCUUUGCACACCAGGUUGGAUCCACAUCAGCUAUGCUGCUUUUGCAUGCUUGUGUUGCACAUGAUAGUUUUGGGUCCAUGCAAAGUUCUCUGAUUUUGCACACUCACACUUUGCCUGCUCAGCGUGUUGGAUCCAUGGGGGGUGCACUGAUUUUGCAGGUUCACCAUUUGCAUGGCCGGGGCCAGCUCAGUGCAACCCCCACUGGUUUUGUAUGCUCACGAUUUGCACCCACAGCUGGAUCCAUGCAAGCUGCACUAACUUUUGCACACUCAUGCUUUGCAUACCCAGGUCUGGAUCAGUGCCAGCCAUGCUCCGAGCUGCUCUCACUUGACACCACUGCCAGCUAGUUUCAGCUCUGGGCUCGUCACCCAGCUUUGUCCCUUGCCCCCUGCUUUCCAGCCAGUUGGGGGCGGGGGUGGGGGGUCAUUCCCACUUUUUCCUGCACCGUUGAAUUUGGCCCAGCAGAACCAACGCCUGGUGCCUUUAGCCAUUCCCACUGCGCCCCCAGAACCACACAGUAGCUCAGAAGACCAGGCGGGAUAAGAACCAGAAGUCACCAGCCACCUCUUUUUGGGUGGGGGGGGGGAAGGGAUCUUGCUUGGUCACAUUUCCCCCAGCCUGCCUGGGAUCUAACCUGUCUUCUCUCUGUCUUUCUCUCUGCCCCCUCCUCCCCAUCCCAGCUCCCUCACCCGCUCGGAAAAAAAACAGCUAUUGACGUCGCCGCUGUGUCCCCCACCCCCGCCCCGGCUUGGUCGUCCAUUUGUGUCUUGAGAUCUCAGGCGGCGAGAGGUGGGGUUUCAGCCCCAUCGUUCCUCCGCAGCCCUUUUUUAUAGGCUUCGGUGGGGCUGGCGCAGAUGCUGGGUUAUUUCCGGGGCUCAGUGGGUGUUUUUCCUGGGCUGCUUGUUUUUCUAUGGAAUGAUCCUAAAACUCCCUCCGAAGAGGGAUCCGGUCCCAUUAGCACGGUAGUUCCCCCCCACCCCCUUUUUUUAAAUAUGCAUAUGUUGUACUUUGGAUCCAAAGCUCUCAGAGGUUUACAGUGGGAAAUCUGGUUCUGAUCGUCCCUCCCGUGCCGGAUCUCGAAAUGGGAUCUGCUGCUUGGUGCCAGAUCAGAUCCUCCCCUUGUGUUUGUCUGUAGGUGGAUUUAAAGAAAAGGAUCCACUGCAAAUUGGCAGCUGCAGACUCAGAAAUAGGACCCCCUUGUUUGUCUUGGGAUCUAACUGGGAUCCACUAUAAAUUGCCAGUGGACUUAAACUAAAUCUCCUCGAUCCACUCUAGAACCAGGUCCCCUUGCCUGUCAUCAUUGCUGGGUCUACUUGCAGAUCACCAGUGGCUGACUGAAGGAUAGAAUCCAUGUGUGUUCCUUCGUGGGUGGAUCUAAAAGCAAUCCACUAAUUUGCUGACUUAAAGGGAUCCCUUUAUUUUUCUGAGUGGCUGGAUCUAAAAAGGAUCACUAAAUACUAAUCUCAUCAUCAGAAAUAGGAUCCCCUUAUGUUUCUCAGUAGAUCUAAGUGGAAUCCAGUGUGGGUGGAGUCUAGAGCAAGGUGCCCCUUGUGGUUCAUGCUUGCUGGAUUUAAAGGAUCUACUGCUGAUCACCAAUUACUGCUUAUGUUUCUUAAUGGGUGGAUCUAAAAGGGAUCUGCUGCAGGUCACCAAUUCCUGGUUUUAAAAUGAGAUCCCAUGUGAUUUGCAGUCGGUAGAUUUAAAAAGAUCCACUCUGGCCCACUAACAGAAGACUCUGAAAUAAAGUCCCUUUUCUCGUGUGGUUGCUGGAUCUAAAAGGGACUUGCUGCCGAUUACCAGUUGCUGGCUUCAAAAUAUGACCCGUUCCUUGUUUCCCAGUGGCUGGAUCUAAAAGAGAUCCAGUGCAGAUCACCAGUACUGACUCCAGAAUAAGAUCUGCUUCUCUAUUCUCUUGAGUGGGUUAGAAAGGGAUCUGCUUCAUGCUGCCAACCACUGAAACCAAACUAAGAUUGAGUUGCAUUCUUUGACUGGUGCAUCUGAAAAGGGGCCUGCCUUAGCAACACCCAAAACCGACAGGCUACUGGGUCCUCCAAAGGCGAUCCACUACAUGUUGCCAAUUGCUAAAUCCAACAAAUAGAGUCCGCCCCCAGCUUCCUGAUUGCCCGGGUUGCCACAUGGCUCCAUUACAAAUGCCUCCUAAAAAGGUUGUCUACAAAUUGCCAAUGGCUAGAGCCUCAGGAGGGAUCCACUGUUGACUGCCAGAUCCCUCCAAGGGGUCCCUUCAGCUGACAGAUCCAUGGUAGGGAUCUACAGAGGAUGUGGCCAGUACCCAGGUGCCCCCAAAGGGAACCACUGUUAAUGACUUCUCAGUUGCUUUUGCUCCAGUUCCCCUGAAGGCAUCACAGCUGUUCAUGGGCAGAGGAGUCUAAUGGGUUAGAGCAGGGGGGCCUGGGAGCCAGGACUCCUGGGUUCUAUCACCAGUUCUGAAAGCUGAGAAGGGGCCUAGCAGGUUACAACAGGGGAGCUGGGAGUAAGGAAUCUUGGGUUCUAUCCCCAGCUCCGGGAGGGCAGUGGGGCCAAGUGGGUUAAAGUAGGACAACUGGGAGUAGAGAUCCCUGAGUCUCUUCACAAACUCACUAUGUGAAACUGGGCAAGUCCUUUCAUCACUCUGUGCCUCAGUUUCCCCAUCUGUAAAAAAGUAUAAAAUUAGGGCCCCAUCUCCCAGGGAUGUCAUGAGGCUUAAUGAAAGUGUUAAUUAGUUAAUAAUUAUUAACACUGGAAAACUUUGGUUCAAAACCUCCCUGACCUGAAUCUGGUGCACUUAUUUUUAAAUUAUAUUAAAACCUGAAGGCCCAGCUGAGAUCAGGGCCCCGUUGUGCCGGGCGCUGCACAGACACACAGGGAGAGACAGUCCCUGCCCCAGCUGAGAUCAGGGCCCCGUUGUGCCGGGCGCUGCACAGACACACAGGGAGAGACAGUCCCCGCCCCAGCUGAGAUCAGGGCCCCAUUGUGCCGGGUGCUGCACAGACACACAGGGAGAGACAGUCCCUGCCCCAGCUGAGAUCAGGUCCCCGUUGUGCCCUGCCCCAAAGAACUGACAAUCAGACCAGGCAUAUAAGGGAAGGAUUGUUCUCCCCAUUUUACAGAUGGGGAAACUGAGGCCAGAGAAAUUCAUGCCUAAAUCCUCAGAGGUAUUUGUAGAUACCUGUGAUAAAGUGGGAAUGUUCUAUAGUAGUUAUAUGAGAUGUCUAUAUGCCUCAGUUUCCCCAUACUCUGUGCUUCCCGUCAAUACUGUGACAGUGGCAGCCUUUUUGAAACAACCAUUGGUUAGUCACCCUGCACACGGCAGCUGGCGGUUCUUAGGUCAGCGUGGAGGAAAGAAGGUUCAAGCACAGUGAACUCCAUGGUCAGGCUCUGUCUCUCAGGCCGACCUCCUUCCUCUGCUCCCAGCUUCCCCCCGGAACUCCUCCCCCACCUGUCGCUCGUUUGUUCUGGGCUUUUUGCUCAGCUUCCUGGCAGAGAGGCGGGGAAAUCCAUGAGGCCCUGGAGCUCGGUCGCUGGCCCCCUUGUUAUUCUGGGUCAGUUUCCACCAGUUCCUUCAGGGCUCUUGGCUCCACCCAGGCAGGGAGGGGACCCCCACCUAUGUCUCUUAGCCUGCCCUGAGAGCAAACUUAAAUCAGUGUUCCUCCUCUGGGUACCAGUGCCACAUGCAGGGGAAACUGAGGCACACACAGGCCUCCAUACAAAUACUACAGAAAGUCCCCUCUCCGUCACAAUGCCCAUUGAACUCACUAGCUGUUAUGCACCUAGAUACCUGGGAGGAUCUGCAUCUCCAGGACUUGCCGAAGGUCACACCCACUCAGUGGCCGAGCUGGGAACUGAGCCCAGAGCUCCUGGUUCCCAGCCCAGGGUCUUGUCCACCAGCCUUCGAGCGCACAGCUAGCUCACUGGGUUGACAGUGUCUUUCUUUGAUCUCUGCCCCCGUUUGUCCCCUCCCAGCUGCCCAGGGCUCUGAGCUGCCUUCGGUUGUUAGCGUUCAAUGCGGGAACGUGAGCUUUUGUUUACAUUUCAAUAAAGUUUGGAGAUUUUUUUUAUUAUUAUUCAAAACCUUC